UUGACAACAUAUAUAUUCUUUUUUAUUUCGUGGAUAAUCCUCGAAGUUUUAAUCUUUUUACUGCUAUAUAUAUCGGCAAAUUAUGCCAGCGACGAAGAAUAUCGGUUGUUACGGGAUCUACGAAAAAAUUAUGAUCCAUAUGAACGCCCAGUAUCCAAUAGUUCACUACCAUUAAAUGUUACGAUGAAACUGUAUUUACAACAAAUUUUGGAUGUGGACGAAAAAAAUCAAGUGGUAACUCUGGUUGCAUGGUUGGAAUAUCAGUGGAAUGAUUAUAAACUUCGUUGGGAUCCCACUGAAUAUGGUAAUAUAAAUUCGGUUCGGAUUCCGGGAGCGUCAAAUUCAAUCUGGAAACCAGAUAUUCUUCUUUACAAUAGUGCUGAUGAAAAUUUUGAUACCUCAUAUCCGGUGAACUUUGUUGUUAGUUAUGACGGCAGCGUUUUACAAGUGCCACCAGGAAUCUUGAAACUGUCCUGUAAAAUUGAUAUCACUUGGUUUCCUUUCGAUGAUCAAUGGUGUUACCUUAAGUUUGGUUCUUGGACAUACAGCGGGCGAUUCAUUGAGCUACAAGUUGCUAAAGCUAAUGAAAAUGACAGCAAAAAUGAUAUGGAUUUGCAUUACUAUGUGCAAAAUGGAGAGUGGAAUCUAUUGGGCACUCCUGCUUAUGUAGUUCGUUCUGUAUUUGAUGACGAACCAUAUAUUUCAAUCUUCUUCAACAUCAUAAUCCAAAGACGAACCUUGUAUUACGGACUUAAUCUAAUCAUUCCAUCUUUACUGAUCUCUCUGAUGACAGUUCUCGGAUUUACGCUUCCACCAGACGCUGGCGAGAAAAUUACACUUGAGAUAACCAUUCUGCUGUCUAUUUGCUUUUUUCUAAGUAUGGUUGCUGAAAUGACGCCUCCGACAAGUGAAGCUGUGCCUUUGAUUGGUAACUUUGCAUACAUUACUAUUAAUUACUCUAUAGUGUUGUCCUCUUUUUUUCUAGAACACCGCAAAUUAACGUUUGAAGACCUUCGAAAAUGGCUUCUGCAUUGGUUACCGUGGAUUUUGAUGAUGCGACGGCCCGGAGUAACAUCAUUUUCUUACGAGUCUAUCAAGAAUUUGAAUAAAGAGGAGAAGCAAGCAAAAAACCCGUUUGAAGGUGUGCAAAUUGGUAACUUUGAGUCUUCAAACGGUACUACCUUGAUGAAGUAA